UACCAAUAUCUCCCAUUUAUUUCCUAUACUACCUCUCUGAAUUUCCUAUCUCCCAUUUAUUUCCUAUCCUACACCUCUGAAUUUCCUAUAUCCUAUAACUUGGCUGUGAGAAUUUUGAGUGUGAUUUACCUACUUCUUGCCUUGUCAUUUGUCACUUCUCUGUACCUGUGUAAGUUUGUGUUGAUCCUGUAUUUUGUUUGGUAAUUGUCAAAGUCAUUUCUCAGCCUUUUCGCUGUUACACGUGUUGGUCAUCGUUGCAAAAGGAAGGAGGUUCAUUUUGCUUCCAGAACGAAUCUCUCAAGUUCUCUCUCAGAACCACGAAACAUCCUCAUCCGUUCGACAGCAUCUCCCCAUGCAGGCUCCUCCCUCCUCCUCCGUUCGACAGCCUCUCCUCCGCUCCUUCUCCGAAUCUGGUGUACAUUCGAAGAAAAUCUUAAUCCCAGAAAAUCUAUUCUUUGGGAGUCAGCUUCGGAACAAGCAAUGAGCCUUCCAAGAGAGCAAUGCAAGGGUUCACAGAAAAGACUGCGCAAGUGAAAAAUUGUUUGAAUCCCAGGGUGGUCCCAUCAUUCUCUCUCAAGGAAAGUGGAGAUGACAAUUGUUGUUGUCCUUUUUAUUUAGAGCAAGUGGAAAUGAUCUUCGGAUAAAAAGAUAAACUUGCCCAGGUGUUGGUGUAACAGGGGACCUUUAUAUCUGCAAAUGGUUGUUGGGUUGGAAGGUCUGCUCUCAAAGAAGAACAAAUCAAGAGUAGAGUGAAACUGUGCUUCUCGUUGAUCUUCUAUCGUUUUACUUGUUCAUUCAGUUACUGUUUGCAGUACCCGAUUUACAACAACUGUUUGUUCUGAUGGCAUUGAGUUUGAGCACCCAAAGAGCCUCUGCAUGUUUUCUUUCAAAUGAAUCAGCUCCUGGAUGGAAGUAUGAUGUGUUUUUGAGUUUCCGGGGUGUAGACACCCGCAAGGGUUUUGUAUCCCAUUUAUACCAUGAAUUGUCCAAGCGCCAAGGAAUUACAACUUUCUUUGACAAUCAAGAGCUUGAAAGAGGAACAAGUAUUUCUCCAGAGCUCCAAAGUGCAAUCAGUGCAUCGCAUAUAGCAAUUGUUGUUCUCUCACCAAACUAUGCUUCUUUCAAAUGGUGCUUGGACGAACUCACAAAAAUUGUUCAAUGCAACUCACAAAAAAUUGUUCAAUGCAUGGACGUCAUGCCAAUUUUUUAUGACGUGGAUCCCUCCGACGUAGGAAAUCAAAGGGGGUCUUUUGCCAAAGCCUUCGCUGAGCAUGAAGAGAAGUUCAUUAGUACUGAAGACAAAAAGAAGGUGACCCAAUGGAGAGCAGAUUUGAGAGAAGUAUCCAAGAUUUCUGGCUGGCAUUUGAAGAAUUUUAAGUGUGAAAGAGAGCUGAUUGAUGACAUCGUCAAAUGCGUGUGGAGGAAAGUGCAAGCUACAUGCACGCUAUUAGAUUCCUCACAGAAGUUAGUCAGAACUAAUUCUGCACUCGAGCAACUAAGUUUGCUGUUAGCUCAUGACGCAAAUGAUGUUCGAUUUAUUGGGAUAACUGGGAUGGGUGGCGUAGGCAAGACUACUCUUGCUAAGCUAGUUUAUGAUAAAAUCGUCCAUCAUUUUGAAGUUCACUGCUUUCUUGAAAACGUUAGAGAGGUUUCUGUAACAGAGCCUACUCUAGUUCGUCUUCAAAAAACUACUUCUUUGCCCAAUCUUGAAAGAAAAUAUUGGAAACACCAACAAUGGGGAAUCAAUUACACGAAGAAAUGCUUAUGCAACAAAAAGGUUCUUCUUGUACUUGAUGAUGUGGAUCAAGUAAACCAGCUACAAGUACUAGCUGGAAAGAAAGAUUGGUUUGGCACGGGCAGUAGAAUUAUCAUUACAACUAGAAAUCAACGUCUGUUGGUCAAGCAUGACCUAACAUUGUGUCAGAAUGUUGAUGCCGAAGCACUUGAGCUGUUUAGCCUGCGCGCCUUUAAAAAAGACCAACCUGACGAAGAUUUUUUGGAACUGUCUAAGCAUUUCCUAGAUUAUGCUAGAGGCCUUCCAAUAGUUCUUAAAACCUUGGGGUCUUCUUUGUAUGCGAGAGGUCAAGAUGCAUGGAAUAGUGUACGAGAUAAUCUAAGGAAAAUUCCUAUUCCAACAGUUUUUGAUUCACGCAAAGUUAGUUAUGAUGGACUAGAAAAGACGGAGAAGAGAAAUUUUAUCGAUGUUGCGCGUUUCCACAAAGGGAAGUCCAUGACGGAAGUAUUGAGGAAACUAGACAAUUCAUUUGGAAUUUCUAGUAGUAGUAUGAUAGAUGUACUAAUUGAGAGAUCUCUCAUAUACAAUGGUUACGGAAACGGGAUAUGGAUGCAUGAUUUGAUACAAGAAAUGGCAUGGGCAAUUGUUCGUGAAGAGUCUGAAGAGCUUGGUCUACGUAGUAGGUUGUGGCUUUCUGAUGACAUUUUUCAUAUACUUACGACCAAUUCGAUAAGAAGUUAA